CACCCAUACCAUCCCGUUUCCAUUUAGAAAUUGACUCAGAUCUCGAUGGAGACGACUUGCAAAUAGAAUAAGACAUUAGAGAUCUUCUAGCAGACUUUGUCUUGUACUCGGUCAAAGAUUCCCUCGUUAAAGAUGCUACAGCUUCAAGAAAACUCUGGGUUCUCUUAUCGUCUAAACAAUUGGGCGUUGUUUCGGUAUUGAGACUGGGACAAACCCCCGAUGCAGUGAGUGCCCAUGAGAUCCACAACGCCGUGGCGAUCAUGGCAACAAAGAAGGCAGGUCUGACAACCCACGAGCUUACUGUAAGAUUGUCGUCAAACACGGUGGCCUCCAUGUUCCUCUCGCUACCCAUAACUUCUUCUCAACCUUCUCCUCAGUUGAUUUUGCUUUGCCACAGUUUAUGUUCACCGUUUGCCAACGACAGCCGCUCACUCGGUGGUCAACGCAUCUCACUCUACAUAUGCGGGUGUGUAUGUCAGCUCUGAGUCGCAUCAGGGCUCUCUAGUUCUCGUCAUGCAACACCACCACGCGCCGACAGCCAGUAAUGGCGAAAGCAAGACGAGGCCUCACUUCGUGUUGGUUCCCUUCCUGGCGCAGGGGCACAUGAUCCCCAUGGCCGACAUGGCCGUCCUCCUCGCCGAGCGAGGCGCCCGCGUCAGCUUCAUCACCACCCCCGUCAACGCUGCCAGGACCGAGGCCGUCGUCCGCCGCGUCAGGCGAGCCGGCAUCGCGGUCGAGUUCGUCGAGCUUCCCUUCCCUUGCGCCGAAGCGGGACUUCCCCAAGGGUGCGAGACAAUCGACCUGCUGCCUUCUGACGAAUUGAUCAAACAGUUUCUCGACGCCACCGGCUUUCUCCGUCACCCCCUUACGCAGCACCUUCGAGCCCAGCGGCAACCCCGGACGUGCAUGAUCGCUGACUCAUGUAAUCCUUGGACGAAGGGAGUUGCCGAGGAGCUCCGGAUGCCAUAUAUCCUCUUCCACGGCCCCUCCUGCUUGAAUAUGCUGUGCGUACGCAUGAUCCUACGGCACAAAAUCUACGAGCGGAUCGGUGACCCGUUCGAGCCUUUUAACGUGCCCGGCUUGCCUCACCGGCUCGAGAUCAGCAUGGCCCUGACGGCGUGGUUCAUCACCAUGCCGGGGUGGGAAAAGUUUCGCGAGGAGGUCUGGGAGGCGGAGACGGCCGCGGAUGGGUUCGUGAUCAACACGUUUGAAGCCUUGGAGGCCACAUACAUCGAGUGCUACAGAAGAGAGGCGAAGGGGAAGAAGGUUUGGACGGUCGGGCCACUGUCGCUGUCGAACAAGGAUCCGGACGACAAGGCCGCGAGAGGGAACAAGGCGUCCGUGGACAAACAUCGAAUCCUUCGCUGGCUCGACGAGAAGGCGCCGAGGUCUGUCGUCUAUGUCAGCUUCGGCAGCAUCGUCCGCCACAGCCCGGCUCAGGUACUGGAGAUAGGGCGUGGGCUGGAAGCAUCCGGCCGGGCCUUCCUUUGGGUGAUCAAGGAGGUCGAUGCGUCGUCCCCUGAGGUGGAGAAGUGGCUGUCGGGCGGCGGCUUCCAGGACAGGGUCGGUGACAAGGGACUUAUCAUCAAGGGAUGGGCGCCUCAGGCGGCGAUCUUGUCGCACCCGGCGAUCGGAGGAUUCGUGACACACUGCGGAUGGAACUCGGUGGUGGAGGCGGUGUCGGAGGGCGUGCCGAUGGCGACAUGGCCUCACAUCAGCAGCGACCAGUACAUUAAUGAGAGGCUGAUUCAGCGAACCGGAGUGGCGGUGCGCGUGACGGUGCCCGGCGCCCACGUAGGCGCAGAAGAGAUAGAGAAGGCGGUCUCGAGACUGAUGGAU